UGAUUGUGUGUCUGUAGUGUGCGCGUGCGUUUGUGUCCCUCAUACUAAAUUACUACAACAAUAAUAAUAAUAUUAUGUGCAAACGUGCAAUUGUCAUUAAAUACUGAAUAACAACAUUGAUCAUAAUGCAGUUUUGCAGCCAGCACUGAACGUUGAAGACUCUUACCGGUCGAGUUACGAGUUAGUACUGUUAGUAGUUAGUGCUGUUUUAGUCGUCGGUGUUCCUGUAUUGCUCGGCGGUGUCGUCUGUGGUGUUUCGUAAAUGUCUGUAAUAAUAAUAUUAUAUUAGAGUACGACAACAGUAGUAGUGCCGAAAAACGAUAGAACUAUUCGGAAGUCGCAAAAUGACUACGGUUCCAUUACGCGAUUGAUCUUGUGCGGUUCACACGUUUUAUUUGCCGUGGUUUCGGUUCUAAGGCUCCUCCUCUCAAAAAUACCGAAGCACAAACAAUAUUAUGUCGUCGUUAACACACGGAUUGCUGGUCGUGUUGUGCUUAGGCCGCACCAUGGCGUACAUCGAAAAAAUCUUGGAAAACGAUAGUGUUUGUUCGAUGAGUUUCCUUUCAAAUAAUUUAAACUUGUCUGGUCGAGAAGAUCAAUCAGCUAUGGUGAUCAAAGAUAACCAAUAUUUUCAAAAGUGGACUGGCAAGCAUGAAUUCAACUGUAAAUUUACAGUCACUUCCUCUCUUGGAUUAGGUGUUUUUGCUGUUAUACAGCAUUUGUCUUUUAGACGUAAUGCUCAAGGACAAUGUAUUGACUAUGUUCAAUUUCGUCAUGCUGAAAAAACUGUAAGUGUUCUAGACUUAAACUUUAAAAUUAAGUCGUCAGAUCCCUGGAGUGAGAAAAUUUGUGGAAAAUUGAAUGCAUUUGAAGCCAAUGUUGAUAAUGAAUCUUAUCAAGGUAGUGACGGUAAUGAUGAUAGAGAAAUCAAAAAUUCAUUCAUUGAUCAUAAGGGUAUGAUUGAAGUUAAAAUAUUUCUUGGCAAUAGAUCUAUAGAUUCCAAUGAAGAAUUAAAGUUUGAGAUUGUAUUUACAGCAUUUCAAGAAUGCAAAUAUGACAAUGGUCACUGGAGAAGUUGUGGAAGAAAAACUUGUAUUUUCAAAGACUUUUUUAAUGAUGGAAAACUUAACUGUCCAUACAAAAGCUGUAAAGAUGAAAGUGGUUGUCGUCCAAUAGUCUCAGUACUAAACAAUAACUAUAUGAGCACAUCAACUUUAGCGACCAAAGUUGUGUCUGCAACGGUUGCCUGCCUGGUUACCAUGAUUUUAGUUUUUAUUGCGUUCCUAUGGAUAUUCAGACACUGCGGAACUGCAUUAUGUUGUAUGGGAAAUCCUAAUAGCCAUCCACAUUCUUCUGAAAUGCAGCCAGUUCCACGCUUAGAGACAAUGGCAAUUAUAGCUACAGCUCCACCUGAUUUUAUGGCAGCUAGUGGUACUGAAGUAAGAACAGCCGACAAAGAUCUACCACCUUCAUACGAGUCAUUGUUCCCAAGCAAAUAGUAACCGAUCAAUAUUUUAUGAAGUUAAAUAAUUUCUUCAUCUAUCUCAUGUAGUUUAUAAGGUGGAUUUUAUACUUUUAUUUAACACUUCUAUCUGAACAAAUUUAUCAUUAUUAUUAUUAUUAUUAUUAUUAUUUUUUUUUUUAUUAAUUUUAUUUGGAGAGAAAUAAGUAAGACAUUUUAAGUUAAGUACGCCAACCAUGUUCGAUUGUACCAGUGAUUUUAUAAUUUUCAAAACAAAAUUGUUUUAUUCUUAAUUCAACUAUUCGACUACUUUAAAGAAAAAAAACAUUU